CUGCACAGAAAAACAGAGACAGACCAACAGAAGAAAUCAUUGACUGCCAUUGAAGCAGCUUCUCCAAUAAACUUACUGUCUCUCCGAUCGAAGUUUCUCUUGCCAGUUUCAUCAUUUCUCGCGAGGAUUUUCCUUGUAAAUCUCUCCGCAACUGAGGCGGUUUUGGAUCAAUCUGGGGUUUUGGGUCACUGGGUUUCGACCUGAAUCAAAGUCGGCUCGCGCGGGUUCUUCGGUUUUCGAGGGAUUCAUGGAACGGAGCGCGGUGGUCGGAGCAAGAUCUGUCGAUGGUCCACCGGAGCUGAGUGAGAACGGCUUCGGUUUGGUCCAAUUCAACGAAGAAAUCCAACGGUUGAUGAGUCUACGGCAAUGCACCGGGAGCUCCUUCACGGCGUUGCUCGAGCUUCCACCUACUCAGGUCGUGGAACUUCUUCACUCGACGGAUCCCGGUGAUUAUCCGGCGGUCGUCGUCGUCGGAACAGAAGAUCUCAAGCCGACGUUCACCGCGCCGGUGGCGUUCCCUCCCGGCGUCGCCGUUACGGAAUGCUUCUCCAGGUUCCCGAUCCUUGCCGGUCAACAAAAGGGCGGUGAUUCUCCGGCCACGAGCUCUGUUCCUUCGAACUCGAAUCCCAACAAUGAAGUAGUUAAAAACGAGCCUAUGGAGAUGGACACAUCAUAUCGAUUGGAGAAUCAGAAUCAGAAUCAGAACCAGACCCAGAGACCCGUGAAGAGGAAAGAAGAGGAGAGGAAGGACAAGCAAUCGACAAAGAAGAGCAAACGUUCUGCGAAUGCGAAGAACUCGGAAGAGGAAGACAAAGACAAAGACAAGCUUCCAUAUGUUCAUGUCCGAGCUCGCAGGGGUCAAGCUACAGAUAGCCAUAGCUUAGCAGAAAGAGCGAGAAGGGAAAAGAUCAAUGCCCGGAUGAAGCUGCUUCAGGAUCUGGUCCCAGGCUGCAACAAGGUAUCCGGUACAGCAAUGGUGCUCGAUGAGAUUAUCAACCAUGUUCAUUUUCUACAACGUCAAGUUGAGUUCCUAUCUAUGAGACUUGCUGCUGUAAACCCGAGAAUCGAUACCAACCUCGACAAUAUAUUGGCUGCUGAAGGCAGAUUGCUUAAUGACAGCAACAUGUGUAGAAGGGUUACGCCCACGACUUUGCCGGAGAGGAGACAACAUUAUCAACCGCAAUGCAAUCUCAGUGCCCUGGACCAAUCGUCGUGGGAAAGAGAACACGAUGAUCAUAGCUUCAUAGCUUCAGGCAUCGUGUUUUCGAAUUAUGAGUUGUGAAACUCGGAAGCAUUGCAUCCAGACCAAGUGAAAAUGGAGAUUUGAUCAAUAUAUAUAUAUGUGAAGUAUACAUACAGAUGGUACAAGUGUACAUGCUGGAGCCAUUCAAGAAAGGUUAGAUGUCUUUGCAACCUUUGGAGACGAUUUGUCUUCUGCAGAAUAGGAAUGUGUAAUGCAUAACCAUUGUGAUGUGAACUGUCGUUACAACCCAACCCUGUCUUCAACCUCUGCAUGCAUUGUUGCAUUUCCCCUCCCCGAUAUAUAUAUAUAUAUUCUUUCUAUAUUUGAUCAAAAAUUGAAUA